AUGAAAAAUUUAUUAAGAUUUGAUCGUGAAGUUAUUAUUAAACAUGAUGAUGUUGUUCCAGAACGAGAUUUUAAAGUACGAAAAAGAAAUAAAAAUCUUUCUCUAAUCAAAGAAAAGAUUAUGGAAGAAGUUGAUCCAACUGUAACAAAACAUCACCAGUUAUCUUCAUUAUUAAAUGUCUCACCUGUGUAUAGUUCGUUUUUAAUUCAAGACGAAGAAGAUAAUUCUCAAGAGCAAACACAAAUUGACAAGUUACGUGAUGAUAUAAAUGAAACUGAUCUAUAUAAUUAUUUUGUUGGAUCCAAUCACGUCAUAAUAAAACAAUGUCAGACAGCGUCUCUCAAAUAUGCUUUUAUUUUGCAUGGAACAGCCGAAGAAGCUAAACACAAUUUUGCUCAAUCUAUUGAUUAUGCUCGUCUCGGUUCUGGAUGUCGUGUCAAAUAUGCAGGUAAUUCUUCGUGUCUUCCGGAAGAUCAUCAAUCACAUGAUAAACAAAGAGUUGUAGUUACGAAUAUACCAGAAGAUGUUAAUGAAGAUGAUCUGCGUCAUUUAUUUCCUAACUCUCGUGUAUCGAGUUAUUGUCCAGCACGGACUGUUCUUCGUAAAACUGUCUCCAUCAAAAUUUCCGGCAAACGCAAGACUUUAUGGGGGUAA